CUCCCGGGCCGGCCGGCCGGCCGGGCGGACAGGCGGGCGCGCGGGGGCGCGCGGGGGGCCGGGGGAGUUCCGCUUCCGGUUCUUUGUGCAGCUGCAGCGGCGGCUCCGGGGAAGAUGGCGGCCCGGGCGGGCUUCCAGUCUGUGGCUCCGAGCGGCAGCGCCGGAGCGUCAGGAGGGGCGGGCGCGGCGGCUGCCAUGGGCCCGGGCGGGACUCCGGGGCCUCCGGUGCGGAUGGGCCCGGCGCCGGGGCAAGGGCUGUACCGCUCCCCGAUGCCGGGAGCGGCCUAUCCGAGACCAGGUAUGCUGCCAGGCAGCCGAAUGACACCUCAGGGACCUUCCAUGGGACCCCCUGGCUAUGGGGGAAACCCUUCAGUCCGACCUGGCCUGGCCCAGUCAGGAAUGGACCAGUCCCGCAAGAGACCUGCGCCUCAGCAGAUCCAGCAGGUCCAGCAGCAGGCGGUCCAAAACCGAAACCACAAUGCAAAGAAAAAGAAGAUGGCUGACAAAAUUCUACCUCAAAGGAUUCGUGAGCUGGUACCGGAAUCCCAGGCCUAUAUGGACCUCUUGGCAUUUGAAAGGAAACUGGACCAGACUAUCAUGAGGAAACGGCUAGAUAUCCAGGAAGCCUUAAAACGUCCCAUCAAGCAAAAACGGAAGCUGCGAAUUUUCAUUUCUAACACUUUCAAUCCGGCUAAGUCAGAUGCCGAGGAUGGGGAAGGGACGGUGGCUUCCUGGGAGCUUCGGGUAGAAGGACGGCUCCUGGAGGAUUCUGCCUUGUCCAAAUACGAUGCCACCAAACAAAAGAGGAAGUUCUCUUCCUUUUUUAAGUCCUUGGUGAUCGAACUGGACAAAGACCUGUAUGGUCCAGACAACCAUCUGGUAGAAUGGCACAGGACCGCCACUACCCAGGAGACAGAUGGCUUCCAGGUGAAGCGGCCAGGAGACGUGAACGUCCGGUGUACUGUCCUGCUGAUGCUGGAUUACCAGCCGCCCCAGUUUAAAUUAGACCCUCGCCUGGCCCGGCUCUUGGGUAUCCAUACCCAGACCCGUCCAGUGAUCAUCCAAGCACUGUGGCAAUAUAUUAAGACACAUAAGCUCCAGGACCCUCAUGAACGAGAGUUUGUCAUCUGUGACAAGUACCUCCAGCAGAUCUUUGAAUCGCAACGUAUGAAGUUUUCAGAGAUCCCUCAACGGCUCCAUGCCUUGCUUAUGCCACCAGAGCCCAUCAUUAUUAAUCAUGUUAUCAGUGUUGACCCAAAUGAUCAGAAAAAGACAGCUUGUUAUGACAUUGAUGUGGAAGUGGAUGAUACCUUGAAGACUCAGAUGAAUUCUUUUCUGCUGUCUACUGCCAGCCAGCAGGAGAUUGCUACUCUAGACAACAAGAUCCAUGAGACAAUAGAAACUAUCAAUCAGCUGAAGACCCAGCGGGAGUUCAUGCUGAGCUUUGCCAGAGACCCUCAGGGUUUCAUCAACGACUGGCUUCAGUCUCAGUGCCGCGACCUCAAGACCAUGACAGAUGUGGUGGGUAACCCCGAGGAAGAACGCCGAGCUGAGUUCUACUUCCAGCCUUGGGCUCAAGAGGCCGUGUGCCGAUACUUCUACUCCAAGGUGCAGCAGAGACGACAAGAAUUAGAACAAGCCCUGGGAAUCCGAAAUACAUAGGGCCUCUCCCACAGCCCUGAUUUGGCUGCAUCGAUUCUCUAUUUGGGCCCUGUGCUGCCUGCCUCAUAGCACCUGCCUUGGUCUUGCUUGGGGCCUUUCAGGGGAUGCUGUUGGUUCAAGGACAACACCAGAAUGAAGAGGGUCUCACAUUUCUGUUUCACAAGACAUCUAUACCCUCUUCUCCCACCCCAUCCCUUCCUACCCCCAGCUUCCCUUUGCCCCACAAAGUUCCCGUGUGCCUCUACCCUCCCCUGGUCUACAUAGGACCUCUAGAUAGUGGUAGAGAGAACCUGUAGUGGUAAUCAGUGCUCAGAAUGGAUUGGGCCUAAGGCCAAGUGGUCUUCAAGGGGACCAGCUAUUCCCUCUGAGACCCAGAAGUUGGGAGUUUUAGCCCCUUCUCAGGCCUGGGGGCUCUCUAUAAGCUAGUUGAUCUUGGCUCUCCUGAUAACAGAACCCAAUUUCCUUCCUUCCCUCCACAGGUUUGGAGCACUCUCCCUCACUUGUUGCCCUCUAGCGCUAAAGGAUCCCUGGCUCUUGGGCACCACUGAGCCCCAGGUCAGUCGCAGCCCUCUGGAUUGGCCUGCUAUCUCAGUGCUGCUCUUACUCCCUGGUCGGGGGUCCACAUCAGUAUUGGAGUUUGUUCUGUAUUGCUCCCUCCCAGCACGCUCUCUACAGCUGCUCUUAGGAUUCCCUCCUGUGUGUCCUCACCCCGGGCAUUUGGGUGGAGGAAUCUAGCCUUUCCUUGUUUGGAGUCCCAGGGAUCUAACCUGGGGUACCAUCAUUGCCAGUGGAGGCUGUUUCUUUCUGCUAUUGCUUGGAGGUAUGACUCACUCAUUAACUCCACCCUGUCUCCCCCACUGCUUCAUCGAGAAACAGGCCUAAAAUCAAACGGGUAAAAUCCCUGGGCCAUCCCUGUCUUCCUGUCCCUUCUGCCCAGUUAUCACCCACUGGUGACUUCUAGGGCACUGAGGAGUGAAAGCGCCUAGGGCUGGAGUAUAGCUCUGAGUUGGGUUUGUGACUCUUCCCUCCCCCUGCCUCACAGGAUUGUGACUCCCCAGCCCCUGCCCUCAAAGCUUCAGGCCCCUCAGGUAGCAGCAGAACCUUGGGAUCUUGGCCCCUUGGAACUGAGAUGGUUUUGCAUCUUGCCAGGAGAGCCUCAGAUUCUUCCAGGUUACAUCACCUCCGAGUUAGCAUAUCCCAGGCUCGCAGACUCAACACAGCAGGGUGGGAGACAGCUGGGUGCAGAGGGGGGAUUCCGUUCAGCAUGGGCUCUAACCCCACAGAACUGACAAAGCCCCUGCUUCCCCACCCCUCCUCAGGCUCCUGCGAGCACAUCCCCCCGCCCUGUAGCCCUGCCUGUUCCAGACGAGCUGGCAGGGUUUUCUCCCCGUCUUCCCCUUCCUGCCACUGCCCCUUCCCUCCCUUGAAAGGUUCUCCCCACAGUGACACUGGGCAGCCUCUGUCCGUGGGGCAGAAACCUGGAGAAGGAAGCUCCGCACUCCUGCAGCGUCCCUGUUGAAGAUAACUGUUUUUAUUAACUGAAUUAUUGUUUUUUUUUUUUUUCAUGGACCAAAAUUUUUUUUGUACUGUCCCCUUAUCAAUGUCAGCCAGUUUUAAUAAAAAUCUUCUGAA